CGGAAAAUAAUUUUAUGAUUUAUUUAUUGAUUAAUAAAAUGUUAAUAAAAACAAAAUAUUUUUGUCAUUCAUUUAAUCCCAUGUCUUGUGGUCUGUGAUUGUCUGUCACAACAAGUGAUGAUCAAAGCGCAGGUGAUCUCCAAGUCGUCGCUGUUAAAGACACUGAUAAACACAUCCAAUGUCUUAAGCAGUCGUCAAUUGGACACCACAGCCGCCGUUGACACAACAUUCAAUGGCCAACAGUUGCCGACUGAAGCCAAAGUAGUCAUCUAUGGCAACGACUUGACCGCCGCAUCCAUUGCCUAUCAUUUAUCGGAAGCGCAGAAUUUUGGCCACAACUGUAUUGUCAUCACUGGCAACAAGUCGUUUGACAGCACCAUUGGCACAGCUGUUGGUCAGCCGACGGUCAACACAUGUCUAUUAAGUCACAUGAAUGUAGCGAACCCGCGGGUCUCACAACUUAUACAAUACAGUAAACAAUUGUUUGAUGUCAACCAAUGCGGUGCUCUGUAUUUGGCGCACAACAAGUUGACAAUCGACUCGUUUGGCCGGCGAAUCUCAUCGGCCAAAAUUGUGUCCACUGUAGCCGAUAAUCAACAAGCAAAUCAAUUGUUGACCAAAGAUGAGAUAAUUAGACGCUAUGGGCAUGUCUUGAACUGCGAUGACUUCUUGGGUGGUAUGUAUGUGCCAAACGAUAGUAUCAUUGAAGAUAUUGAUGGACAACAACGUCGAUUGUGUCAGUUGGCCGCCGACAAUGGCGUCAAGUUUUAUGACAAUGUUUUGCUGAAUAAGAUUAAUAUAAACAGUAAUCGGAUAUCAAAUGUAGAGAUCAUUGAUUACAAGACUAAUCGCGUUAAACGUAUUGAUUGCCAGUAUUUCAUAAACUCCGCCAACAAUUACUUAACCAGACUUAUAGCUAAACGGUGUCCCAUAAGAGUUAGGAUACCAACACUUUGCGUACACAAUCAAGUGAUGAUCACUAAACCAUUUGAUAUACCCAGCGGUGAUAGUAAUAGUCUAAGUAAUUAUAUGCCGAUUGUUCACGACUUUGAUCAACGAUUUACUGUUUAUCAAACAUCGGACGGUUCCGUACAUCUGACGGGUUAUGAAAGAGUUGCUAAAAUAUUACAAAAAAUUCUCAGUGAAAAUGAUAGGACGGGUGGUAUGAAUGUCGAAAUACCACUAAUCAGAGAGAAUUGGGACGACUUCUAUCGUAUAUUAAGGCCAAUACUGGAUACCAUUCCAGCUCUGAAUUCCGCAAAACUACAUAAACUAAUAGCACGACUUGAAAACUUUACACCCGAUGGACGAUCACUGAUCGGCGAAGUACCAGAAGUAGGAAACUAUUUAUUGGCUGCCGGUGUUGUGCCUCAAUUAGCUGCUGGAGCCGGUCGGCUAAUCACAGACAUUGUCACUAAAAGUGGUAACAGUUUUGGCCACGAUUUUUGGUCAUUAGAUCCGCGCCGAUUCAUUUCAUCGCAGAGCAAUCGUAUCUUUCUAUUUGAUCGACUGAGAGAAGUGCCAGCAAAAGCCAGAUAUAAUAUAAACUUUCCGUCGCCUCAUAACGACUAUGAGACGGGUCACGGACUCAAGACUUGUCUACUUUAUCCCAGAUUUAAACAGUCGGGCGCUCUGUUUCAACAAAUUAUGGGUUAUGAGAGACCCGCUGUCUAUUUGCCCGAUCCAAACAACUUAGAUAUUGAUGAUUACAUGUCGGAUAAGUCUGAUAGUGAAACGUCGGCAAAUGCCGUCCAAUUGAAGCACAAGUAUUUAGAAACAAAGUCUUUUGGUCGACCCAAUUGGUUGGAUGCCGUCCGAGAGGAAUACCAAGCGUGUAGAGAACGAGUAGCUCUACUCGAUUACUGUAGUUUUACAAAACUAGAACUCAAGUCAACCAACGAUGAAGUGGUCGAACUAUUACAAUAUCUUUGCUCUAACGAUAUCGAUGUCAAUGUGGGCUCUAUUGUUCACACGGGUAUGCAAAACGAUAGGGGUGGCUAUGAAAAUGAUGUCUCACUUAUAAGAAUGGACGAUAAUCAGUAUAUGUUAGUCGGUCCAUCAGAACAACAAUCCCGUUGCAUAUCAUGGAUCAGAUCUAAUAUAUUAGAAUCAAAUGUUGACAUUAAAGACAUUUCCGGACAAUACACUGCCCUGUGUUUAAUGGGUCCGCUAUCUAAGCUGGUUCUCAGUGAAGUAUUGGCCGAUCCAUCAGAAUUGAAUACAUUUCCAUUCUUUACUUAUAAACAAUUAGCUAUUGGUUUAGCAUCUGAAGUGAGAGUAUGUAACUUAACCCAUACGGGAGAGUUAGGUUGGGUACUAUACAUACCUAACGAAUAUGCAAUGCAUGUCUAUGACCUUCUGUGGCGUAUCGGUCAACGAUACGAUAUGAGACACGCCGGUAGUAUCGCUAUGCGGACACUUAGAAUUGAAAAGUUUUUCGCUUUUUGGGGGCAAGAUUUGGAUACGACUACCACACCCUUUGAAUGUGGUCGCAGUUUUCGGGUCAAGUUUGACAAAGAUUUUCUCGGCAAAAGUGCACUCUUGAAACAAAAAGAAGAAGGGGUUCGGCGCCGGUAUGUUCAGCUAUUACUCGACGAGUUCGAUGAGCACAACCCGAUAUGGCCGUGGGGUGGCGAACCCAUCUUUAUUUGCGACUCACAAUACGAUAACAAUGUGCCGGUAGGUUUGACCACUACCACCGGCUACGGGUUCACUUUGAACCGACACGUAUGUCUAGGUUUUAUUAGACAUCCUCUAAACGAAGUCAUCUCUAAUGAUUUUAUUUUGAAGUCACGAUUUGAAGUGGAAAUCGGUGGCAAACGAUAUAAAGCCCGCACUAAUAUUCAUUCGCCCAAAUUGACUGAUGUUAGCGGCACUUAUUUGGCCACCCGAUCCGGGCCCGAGUGA